GCUCUCGCGCUCCCGCCUCCCGCGCGCUGGGGGGGCGGGGGGGUGUGUGUGACAGGAGGGAAGGGCGAGCGCGUGACGCCCGCCGCGCUCCGCCCCCGCCGCUCCUGCUCCCGGUGCCACCAGCUCGGCCCGGCGCGGGCGGGCGGCGCAGCCAUGGAGCCGGAGCGCGAGUGCCGGGUGCUCUCCAUCCAGAGCCACGUCGUCCGCGGCUACGUGGGCAACAAGGCGGCCACCUUCCCCCUGCAGGUUUUGGGAUUUGAAGUUGAUACGGUGAACUCUGUCCAGUUUUCAAACCACACAGGUUAUGCCCACUGGAAGGGUCAGGUGUUAAAUUCAGAUGAACUUCAUGAACUGUAUGACGGACUUAAGCUGAACAGUGUCAACCAGUAUGAUUAUGUACUCACAGGAUAUACAAGAGACACAUCAUUUCUUGCAAUGGUGGUGGAUAUUGUCCAGGAGCUGAAGCAACAGAAUUCUAACCUGGUGUAUGUAUGCGAUCCAGUGAUGGGUGACAAAUGGAAUGGAGAAGGCUCUAUGUAUGUGCCCAAGGAUCUCCUCCCAGUUUACAGGGACAAAGUGGUACCUGUUGCCGAUAUCAUUACUCCUAACCAGUUUGAAGCUGAGUUACUCACUGGCAGGAAAAUUCACACAGAAAAAGAAGCUUUAGAGGUAAUGGAUAUGCUCCAUGCCAUGGGACCAGAGACUGUGGUGAUCACAAGCUCAGAUCUGCAGGCACCUCUAGGAAACGACUACCUAAUUGCUCUGGGAAGCCACAGAAAAACUAACGCAGAUGGUACCAAGGUGACACAAAGAAUUCGAGUGGAGUCUCCUAAAGUGGAUGCUGUCUUCGUUGGAACAGGAGACUUGUUCGCUGCUAUGCUUCUGGCAUGGACACAUAAGCAUCCAAACAAUUUGAAGGUGGCGUGUGAAAAGACUGUGUCAGCCAUGCAACAUGUUCUGCAAAGGACCAUUAAGAGUGCAAAAGCACAAGCUGGAGAAGGAAACAAACCAAACUCAGCCCAGCUGGAACUGAGAAUGGUCCAAAGCAAAAAGGACAUAGAAAACCCAGAGAUCAUAGUGAAAGCUACUGUGUUAUAAAGGCCGUAUGUCUCCAAUAACGCACAAUGUAUUGAUGUCCUCAUUUCUUUCCUGUAAAUUGUAAUAUUUGCCUUAGAUCUGUGACAGAAACCUGACUUUCAUGAAAUAGUGCCCAGCAUAGGCAGAUAUCCACUCUCAAACAUAUGUGCUGGCCUUGCUCAGCUUUAAAAACAAAACAGUUAGUGUGUAUUGACGCGUAUUACCAGGUAUCAAAAAGGCUGUCAAGUUAACUCAGUGUGUGUAAUUACCCAGGACAAGAGAGUACCAUGUUCCUGCCUUGCCAAAGACUUCAGAUGUUUGACUGUCUGGAAAAAACAUUUCAAGAUAGUGAAUGGAGCUGGCUCCAUGCUCCCUUUUCCUGCACAUAGCUGGCUGGCUACCUACUCUGGUAUUCAGUAUCCCAGCUGCUAUGAAACUAAGCAGAGUUAAAACCGCACACCAAGUUCUGGUCGUGUGUAGGAGUACUUGUAAGAUGUUUGGCAUUUAAGUACUCUGAAGUGACCUUGAGGUGUCAUUCAUGUUACUCACAACUGCUCCUUGUUUCUUGUCUGUGAACAGCUGCACGGUUUCAGUUUUUGCAGGUGCUGGCUACUUCUAAUGUCCAUGGGUGCUUACAUGAUCUUCUUCCAAAAGCUGCUCCAGAAAACAUCUUCAUUAACAAGAUAGUAUCUUUAUUUGGUAGCAUCGAUUAGAAGUUUGUAGUUCUACCUCUGAGGUCAGGUUUGAUUCCUUGUUUAGCUUUUAACUAAGGGCAAACAUUCUGUAAGGACGAAAGAGAAAGCGGGUCUCACCCUGGAAGCUGGCUACCCUGGUUUCUUCUUCAUGGGUGGAUGUAUUUACAAACUACAUAGGGCACUUUCACUUCACAAUAGUGAGCACCACUGGCAGGCUUAUCAAUGAAGCAGUGUUGUUAAAGUAACAUUUUUAGUUUAGUAAGGUUUAGUAAGUUACAUAUGUUUACCAAAUGCAGUGAAACAUACAAAAUUAAUUUGUUCUCAUGUAAGCCUCUGCAGUCUUCGCUGAUUAGAGUUGACAGAAAGGCGUUAUUAUUAAUGCAUCUUUAUUUCAAAAUUCUGCUUCAUAAGGCUUCAAUGUGGGAUUCUUAAUAAUUUCAGCGUAGUAUACGUCACAGCCACAUAUACCAGAAGGACAGAUAUGCUGACAGGCACUGACCACUCGUACUUCCAUAUCAUUUUUGUAUGGGACUGAGGUUUUUACUUCUCCCAAGAUGAGGUCUAGUGUGGUGUUAAUUCCAAAUUCAGUUGAUGAGCUUUGUUUGUCUCAGGAGGCACAGGGAGAAUAAAACUGCAUUUCUGCUUGCAGUAACAUGAAGCAAAGUUGCAUUAGAGGAAAUGGCUGAGCUUUUUUUGAUUACCUGAGUAUGCUCAGGAAACUCACUCAUGGGUAUCUCCCAGAUACCUUUCCUGCCCCUUCCUCAUCACACCUGCCUAACUGAUGGCAUCACUUGCAUAGCUUGGGAGUCCCCAGAAGAGCUGGUUUGGAGAUUGCUUUGGCCACUGAAGUCUUCACUUAUUCCACAAUUUUUGUGUGUUUUCUGCCAUUUUACCUAGUAGAAGAGUAAUUUGUCCUUAAAGUGAAUUUUUAGCUGAGCAGAUUUUUUUUCAUGGAGUAAGAUUUCAUAAUUAAUACAUUUCUGAAAUCCCUUUUUUUCAGUAUCUCCAAAGCAAAUGAAAUUUAAGAGAUGGAACACAUUUUGCAGUAAAUGUAAGAGACAAACUUCAGGCUUCCCCACUCAACAACUAAUAAUAAUUUUGUUUCCUUUCACGCAUUUGGCUUUAGAAAUGAAGAGAAUAUUCUUAUGAGAUUAGAAUUUUAAGGGGGAGAAAAAUUACCUACAAAACAUGAUUCUGCUGCCACAGUUUUUAGUAACCACUGCCGUGAAAUAACUUUCUAGCAAUAAUAAUUUUGGUGAUGUGAACAGUUGCUAAGAUUAGCAGUCAGUAACAGAGAUGAGCUCAUAGCUGAUAUCCAACAUGUAAAAAUAUGUAAACUAUCUUAACAGUGUGUAUAAAUAUUGAUGGGAAGCCGUGAAAAGAAGGAGCCAGACUCUCCUCAGCGAUGCCCAGCAAAGGUAUAAGAGGCAAUGUGCACAAAUUGAAAUACAGGAAAUUCCAUUUAAAUGUAAAAACAUAGAAUUCACUGUGAAGGUGAUCAAACACUGGCACAGGUUACGCAGAGAGGUUGUGGCAUCCCCAUCCUUAGAUAUAUUCAAAACCUGACUGAAGAUGGUCCUGAGCAAUCUUCUGUGUUUGAUCUUGCUUGUGCAGGAGCAUUGGACUAGAUCAUCUCCUGAGGUCCCUUCCAACCUCAGCCGUUCUGUGAAGUACAGUGAAUUGCCUUUCUUUGCAGUGCUGUAUUUUUAAAUUGGUGCAUUUUUUUUUCUUCCUGAGACACAAACAUUCAGAAAGGCUAGGAAAUAGCUCAGUAUUAAUAACUUUUCCCCCGUUUUAGAUCAGCUGCUUUUUGCUUGGACACUUAUACCAGGAAUACAAUUGCCUUUUUUGAGAUAGUUGCUUUCAGCAAUGAUAUUUAAAUAUUGUAGCUGGUGAUGCAUUUCAACAGUUGAACGCAAAGGAUUUUAACUGUUUCUAGCACUGAGAUUAAAGAAGUGUUGCAUGUUAUAUUCCACACAUGAGUUUAUUUAUCUUUUAAAAUUAGAGUGUUCCACAUGGAAGUGUGUAGUCUCCCUACAAUCCUCUUGGGAAGAAGGGAUCAACAUACUGAACUUCCCUGCCUGUAUAUAUCAUAGAAUCAUAGAAUCAUUUUGGUUGGAAGAGAUCCUUAAGAUCAUUGAGUCCAGCCAUAAUCUGUAAGAUCAUAAAGUCCAACCAUAGCCUAACCUAGCUCUAGCACUAAACUAUGUCCCUAAGAGCCUCAUUUAUGUCUUUUAAACACCUCCAUGGAUGCUGACUCCACCACUUCCCUGGGCAGCCUGUUCCAGUGUCUGACAACCCUUUCCAUGAAUAAAUGUUUCCUGAUGUCCAGCCAUGGUCGACUUCACAGCGUUAUGCUUGACACCCUUACCCAGUUGUAUCCAAUUUUGCAGCUCCUGUGGGCCACAGACAAAAAUCUUCAGAUGGCCAAGCUUUGAGACCUCUACUGUUGUCCCUCAGAUUGCCAAGAAUUAGAUGAAUAUCAGGAGCAGUUCACAUGCAGUAAAUGACACUUCCUCUCUAGGGUCCCAUGGCUCCAGUACGGAGCAGGGUCUGGCAGCGGCUCCUGGGCACCAUCUCCCAAAGGCUGUGGGUUGCCCAGCACCCUUUGUACCCAUUGUGGCUUCAUUGCCACUCACAUCCCUGGCUUGGGAGCUGCAUGGGGCCAAACUGAGAGCCAUAUGUUGGCCAUCCCUGCACUAGGGCUGUGCAAAAUUGAGGUUCUUCAUUUCUUCACAUCAGGGGAUCAACACGAGAGAAGCUCAAAAUUGCCCUUUAAUUUUUCUUUUUUUCUAAAAACAACGUUAGGUAUACACCGUCAGAAUGUGCUGUGAGAGAAACUCUGGCUGUUGUAAGCAUGAACACAUGGGAAAAGCCCUUUUAGUAAGUGUGAGACAGCACACUUGUUUUUGGCACUAAAAGCAGAUUUUCACAAGGGAACUGAGAGAAAGACAGGGCUGGUUUCCUCUGAAAUAAAGAAGCUUGGAAUUUAGGAAACUUAAAGCUACCUUACAAACAGGGUUUCAUCUGUAACCAUAAUGAACCUAGAUCUUGCUGUACAAGAGAGUGAGACGUUUGCUGGAGCAGUUUUUACCUGUCAGGCAUGAUCUUUUCCCACUACUCCAAAGAAAGAAUCGGUCCAGUAAUUCAUACCUUCCUUAGAAUCCGUGACAUAUUUAUGCUAAAAACAAAACAACAACAAAAAACCACAAACCACGCAAACAAAAAAACCCACCAAACCCGAUAACAAUACUAAUGUGCUCAAUUUACAAAAGUUAGUAGCUGGAUUCCAUAGCAAUGGGCUGCUGGCUUUUCCUGCUUAAGUCCCUGGGAGUUUCUUAUGUGAUGCCUGUUUUAAAUUCCCACUGACCUGAUCUAAAUUUGGUCAGGUCUGUGUCUUCAGUGAAGAAUUUGGCUUAACAUCUCUUGCCAGGAACAAACACCAGAAAUUAUCUGUAAAUAUAUUCUGUAGCUAACGUUUUGUAGUCACAACAGGCUAACAGGUAUUUUAAAAUGUCAAAGUAUACAUACUUAAUACUUGGAUGCAUUUUUGUGUGGAGUUACACAGUGCUUUUCAUAAUGUUUGCAGAACAAAAUUCAAAGACUCAGCACAGUCCUGUCCAGUCUUUUAUUCCCUCGUCUCCUCCUGCAUGUGAUAUCUCUAUCUGAGUUCCUGCUGUUUUUCUUGUGCAGCUGGAAAGCGUCUCAGUAUUAGACAGCUGACCAAUAUUUGUUUAAGGGCCAGGAGGAGACUUAUCAGUGUUGUCUAAUCCACUUGCAGAUCCUUAGGUAACGAAAAAUGGUUAGUCUAAAUUAGUUUAGGUCCCGAUUUAUUACAGAAGAACAAGCACUUUAGCCCAGAGAAGGGAGUUAAUAAGUGGAUAAUCUUCCAUGACCGUCCUAAGAGCACGCGAGGUGUCUGUCACCCACCAGCCCAGCACUCACCAGUCAGGGACCUCUGACUCCGCUGCCGCGUGUGCUCCUGCGUGUACCCGGGCAGUUGGCAGUGGGGAAAGCUUCUCGUGCUGAAGUACCCACUCACACGGCAGCAGUGAAUGCUUUGUGUUUGUGGCCAGUCCGCUUCUCCGACAUUCUUUCCCUUACUGGAAGUAAUUUGUGUUGGAUCCCCUUCUUUUCUGGAGUCACCCUGGCAGUGUAUGUGAUCAGCCAUUUUCAUGACUGCAAGUGCGCUCAUUUGUGGAGCAAUCGUGCAGGAGGGAGCAAAAGUUGUUUACAAAUGAUCUACUCUAUUCUGGGCCCAGAUUAGUCUCUGUGUGCUUAAAAUUCCCAUGUACCUUUUUGGGGGACAUUGUGCUAAAAUCAAUGCUAUUCACACCUGAUAUAAUUUUUUUAGAACUCUGCAGUCUGAAUUGUUGACUUCAAUGUUUAUUUGCUGAUUUUUGUCAUAAGUGGGAUAAAUCUAUGUGGGAUAAGUCUAUAAUCAAUGUGUUAUACAAAAGAAUCGGAGAACCAAGGUUGCCAGCUACUCAUACUGCCUUUUGGGUAUCUUAACUGUAUCUUGAUUGGAUGGUGUUAAUUUGUUGUCUGAGACUCGUUAUGGUGAUUGUAUUGAUUUAUUUUAUUUUAAAAUAUGUGGCAAGGAAGAUUGUAAUAAAAGCAUCUACAUUUAAUAUACUGUGCACACACAAAUGGUUAGAUCCUAUUUUUGAAUACACUAAUCAUUUCAGAAUUAAACAGAACAAAAACAGUUUGGUAGUCUUACUGAAUAAAGCAGAUGUAAUUAAA